AUGGUCCUCCCAAGUCAGAUUCUGCCGCAACACCAAACAGAUCCCCUCGUCACCCUCCCUCUCCCCUCCCCUCUCCCUCCUUCGCCAUUACCCGCGCUCUCGACCUUACUCGCACACUUCGACACCCUCCUCGCAGAUCCAUCAGGAUCCAAAAAUGUCGUCCCGCCCAUGAUGAUCGCAACGGCGAUGCGUCAGAUCAACCGAGACGCACACGCGCUAUUGAAUGCUGGAAGGGUGGGUGCGGCGGAAUCGAGGGCGGAGCUGGAUAGGAGGGAUACCGUGCUGAGAGGGGUGGAAUACGAGCGGAAUCGGAUAAGAGAGGAGAUUGAGCGGUGUCUGGAAUACGUGCCGGCAUAUACGGGUGCGGAAUUACCAGAUAGACAGGCCUUCCUCGAGUCUGCUUCUGAGGAGGUCAAGUCGGGUCUUCCCAACGUCGGAUCAGAAGAGUACGACUACGCCUUGAUCAUCGCUCAAUUAGAGGAGGAGUUGAAGGAGAUCGAAGAACGGGAAGUCGACGUCGCGGCUCUGACCAAGGACCGGGAUAGCCUUAUCAAGGCCAAGAAGGAGAUCAAGCUCAAGUUUGAUUUGACGGAGACUUGGUUGACCGACUAUGCGAGAUCAGUCAACCUCGGUCCUCCUUAG